AUGAAGAUCAACCCAGCGCCCCUCCACCUCGCGCAAACCAUCCUCACAGCCCUCGUCAUCGUAUUCAGUAUCGCCAUCCUCGGCACAAGCGCACACACUCUCCAUGUCUUCAACAAGCAGCAAACCUCCAAUCCCUGGUGGCUCCCCAUGUGGCCGCAGCACUUCGACAUCCACGGGACAAAAGCGCUGCUCGCUUCAUCAGUGAUUGCGCUCGUGCUAUCCAGCGCAUUUCUCAUCGCAGCCUUCAUCCCUAGUUUGCAACUGAAGCAGAAACACACUCUCCGCGCCGCUCUUUCGCUGGCUACUAUUCUACCGAGUCUCCUCCUUACCCUCAUCUCCGUCAUCUGGAGCCACAUCCUGAACCGCCAGACCCCAGACAUCGACACCAUCCAGACCUGGGCGUGCAAGUACCAGCACUCGUCCCCACUUAAACAAGACCUGUCCCUGCAGUCCAACAUGGGCAAUAGCAACUUCGGAUCGAUCUGUAGAGAGAGCAGAUUUGCGCUGUACGGCACGCUGAUUACGUUUUUGUUGCUGGGGUUCAGCAUGGUGCUUAGCUUUUUGUGCUGGGGUGCUGAUAAGUACGCGGCGAGGCAGGCGAAGAAGAAUGGUGGGGUCGAUGGAGAGGGGAGUGUUGCAGAGCUUUCAUACGUUCCUAAGGCGUAUGCACCGUGA